GAGCGGGCGGUGCCGCGCCGCGCCCCAGAGGCGGGUCCCGCGCCACACCCGGCGUGCGCCGCGAUCCGCCCCGGGGUGGCGGCGGGAAGAGCACCGGGUGGUCGGCGGCGGCGGCAGCUGGAGGGCUGGAUCUCUUUCCUGACCUGGCUGAUGGUAUGGACUCAGAAACAGUUGUGAUGGCCCAGAGCCUGGCAUGAGUGACCAGAGCAGGAACUGGGGAUGGCCCCUGAGACAUAGGAAUUUACUGGAUUUAACAGGAAUUCCUCAGCAGAGCUGGAAAUUGAACACACAUCUGUGGAGUCCCAGGUGACUUUUGGUGCCAGACAUUUUAGUGAAAGACCCAUAAGAAAGAGAAGCCUGGAAAAACUAAAGCUGCAAGAACAGGAGCACAUUUGAAAAAGGGGGGAAAAGAGAGGAGGUUGAAAGAAAAACACGUGGUGAUGAAAAGAAGUUCGAGAGAGAAAAAAGAAAGCUAAGCUCAAGAGGAGAGAAGAGGGGCAGAUAGAUGGAGAUGAGAAACAUCCCCCAAAGCAGCAGAAGGUACCAGCUGAAGAACAGCAGUGGCCAGAGAAUAUGCCUGAAUGGGAAGAAAGGAAAUCCUUGCUAGCUCAGAGAAGAGUGGAGGCUGUCAGACUGCUUACAGUGCUGUUAAGCCAUGUGAAAUUGGCAAGUCAAAAAGUGGAUCCUUCAUGGGGCGUAAGGAAGGACGAUUCCUUCUCUGAAACAGCAUUAACAGACAUACAUCAGGAACUGAUUAACUCCCAUUAUCAUACGCACAAAGAGUUGAAACAUAAGGAGGAGUUUAAGUGCCCGCUAACCCUAAAAGGUAGCAGCUUAUGUAGUGAGGAAGGAGAUGUGAGUAACUUCCAUGCAUCUGCUUGUCAUAUAGUCAGGACGAUUUUAAAUGACCCCUCUUCAGCCCCACGUUGUGACGGACAGCCUGGCAGAGAUGUGUGCAGCUCCCCUGGCUGUGGAUCUUUGCUGAUUACAGUUACGCAAGACCGCAGGGUCAUCCAGCCUCUCGAUGGAAGGGACUGCCCAGCACUGAAUGUAGCUCACACACAGACAGUGUCUGAUGAAGACUCUUGCAAAAAGCAAAAGGCUUAUGAGACUGAUGAGUUCAUCCAUUAUUUACUUAACUACUAUCAGACUCCGCGCUAUGCACGUGUUUGCUUAGAGCCAAAAAACACUGCGCACAAGUUCUGGUGGAAGAGAGUGGUGUCUGGUGGUGGUAGUGCUUUUGACAUCAGCUUGAGUAACAAACACGGUCAGCACUUCAGAGAAGUGAGUCCUGUACAAAACCUCAACAAGAGAAAUUGUAGUAGUGGUGAUGAUGACAGACUGAUGAUUGCUGUUGGGGAGCUUGAGUCAACGGACACGGUGUUAGAAAGCAAGGCCUGUGGGGGGAGGCUUGCAAAAAAGUUGCAAGUGCAGAGGAAUGACUUGCUCGCUGUUGAUAACUUACCCCAUGCUGGACUGAAUCAUUCUUUGGAUUGCACUGCUGUUACUCAUGAUAAGGAAUUCAAACAAGAAGAUGGUAGCGAUGAAGGUACUGUACCAUGCAAAACAUGUAGAUCUGCUUGCAAAUUAAAGGAUUUGUUGGAAGAGAUCAGUGAUUCUGAUGACUUUAGAGAGGCAAGUAGCAGCUCAGUGAAGAGAACAGAAAGAAGGUGUGAAGAAAUUUACAGCAAUUGCAAUAAAGGCUGCUUGCCUGCAAGAGCUGGGGAAAGAAAAUUACUGGUUUACCUUAAAAAUGUAACUCUGGAAGGUCAAGAGAAGGAAAGCAGCAAAUGUAGCUUCUGUUCUAAUUCUGCCCAUCAGGGCCUGGCAAGGCAGCAUGAAGAUAAGCUUAAAAAGUCAUGCAAGAGGUCUAGUAGUAAAUUAAGGCACGAAGGACAGAAAAGCGAGAGACAGUCCAGGGAAGAGGAGAGGAAUGCUCGCAAAAUGAAGAAAAAGCGAAAAAAGCUUUCUUCUAAUCCUUUAUCUGAUGAAUGUGGCUUUUCAGAGACGGACAGUUGCGUGCAGCUGGAGUCGCUCAGAAAGAUACAAAGAAAAUGUAAGAAAAUGUUCCACAAAAAGGUGAAAUUCAAGACCCUUCACACCACCAUGGCAGCACCAGAUGUUACCCCUUGUGAUGGCUCACCCCUCCAGGAGACCCGGCAGAGGACAGGAGAUGAGAGCAGAUUAAUGUUGAGAAGAGAGAUGGAUACAGAUGUCAGAAGAUGCCCUCUAUUUCCUCUUGAGAUAAUUCAGACAGACCCCUGCUCAGAUACUUUCUGUGGAGCAGAGCCCAGAAGAGGAAGCUGAACAGCUACUAUAUAACAGCUCUUAAUUUUUUAUAUAGAAGUGGGAGAAGAAAGCCCUUUGAUUAAAAGGUACAUGAGAUAGUGGGGUUUUUUAUUGCUUAGAUAAUUCCUUUGGUUAGAAUAUCUAACUGGUGUAGUGAGCCACAAAACCAGAAUCUGUGUUUGCCUUUUGGGUAACAAAGGACCAAAACUUUCCCUAGGGCCGGACAAACUUUCAUGGACCAGUUGCUAAGAAUUUGAAAGGAUACAGGUUGAGAUCUUGGAUUGUUAAACCCUGAUUAAAUGUAGGGAACCGUGUAAAUACAAAGUUACAGUAUUUCAUAAUAAGGAGAAAAAUACUUAGCUAUGUAAAUCCUAGAGCAAGCAUAUGAAGUGCCUCCUCAAUCAGAUCGUUAAAAUGAUGGGACUGGAAGGUGUGGGGGACAUUUAUUCUCGAUUGUGGCAAGUAAUAGAUCCCAUAAACCCACGCUGGAAAAAUGCUUGUUUUCUAUUCAGAAUUCUAGAGGUGUUUCUGAAAACUUGCUGGUCCUUGGGAGGAAGGAUUUCACUGAACUUGUGCUGGAUGUGGCUCUCCCAGGAACCUGGAUGAUUGUUGAAGCUCUGAAUGUUAGGCAGGGGAAGGGCAGUGCCUGUCAGUGUGCUGACAGUCCCCAUAUGUGCGGGUUGGAAACUUGUCCAUGAGAUUUUGAAAGCACACGCAGUGAGGCUGCCAUUUAGUGUGACUUUGCUUACAAAUAAUUGCCAGAGGAAUUGUGAAAUGUUGACAAACUUGUGCUGCAUGUGGGUAAAAAUGUGAAAACGCAGUCUAGGAGCUUGAGUUCUAUCUGUAUUUAUUCAGCUGGCUAUAUUUAGAAGACAGACGCUAUUGCUUUUGGACAAAGUCUCUUAGCAAGAUGUAGAAGACCAGUUCUAAGUUAAAUACACUGAUUAUUUCAGCUUUCAUUUUCUAUGCUUUAUUUAUUACAUGUCAAUAUACUAAGUUAAUGUGAUAAUGUUGCCUUCAUUACAUAGAAUCUUACCCAUGUUUGUAACUUCUGCUCUAAUAAAUAGUAAUAAUAACAAAUACAUUGUAAUUGUUCGUGGUAGAUAGAUUUCCCCCAGUGUUCAAUACUGGUGAUUCCCACAGGUUUCUAAAGCUGGGUUUUAUCAGUCUUCUCUGUUCACAUGUUCAGAUGUUGAGUGCCUUUUCAGGGUCAUGAAUGACAAAUGGUUGCUACUCAAAGUACUGUUAAUCUAUUACUUUUAUCUAAAAAGAUGUUAUUUUCUUGACAGAAAUAUUUUCUGACUAUUUUGGAGAACAUUUAUGCUCCUCUGAAGUCUCCUUUUUAGUAUUUUAUACAGUUAUAAUGAAGAUCAAUGAUUGUAUAUGUUGACUGUGUACAAUGUUGCAGUUGCACCAGUGUGACAUACCAAGGGUGGUUUUUCUCUAUGCAAUAUCUGUGGAUUAAAGAUGACAAACCUCGCCCCUCUCUCAGUCUAUAAGCAGUUCUGUGUCCAUAGCUCCCCAAUUCCCUUGAGCCAGACCUUUCCAUUACAUGUGAGGAAGUGUUUCUUUUUGUUAGGCUGGGGGAGCAGGAACUAAAGAUUUAAUUCAGUGUAUAUUUCCAGUGCUUUAUCAACAUGUUGUCACAAUAUUCAAUAACAAAUAAAUACACCAGUUUGUAAUCGC